AUGGCAACGCCGUUCAAAACGUUCAAGCUUCCCGAUCUGGCCAGACUUGACCUCGAACUUUUCCAGGCCAUUCUGGCGCAAGCCGACUUGGGCCACGUGCCCGCAGCCAGCGAGAUGAUCCGAGCGGUCAGUGAGAAAUCGUCUGGCACGGACGGGCCUGCGUUCUUCUCGAUCAACGUCCGCGAGCAUCUUAGCUUGUGUCUCGCGGCGAGCAUCUGGGCCCGGGCGUGGUCAACUCUCGACAAGGGCACUCUCCACGUCCACGCGUGGAUAGACAACUCGUCCAGUGUGUCACGGGCAAACAAGCUCGCAGCGUCCAACGUCUACGCGCAAGAGCUCAACCGCCAUCUAGCGCUCGCCCAAGCCGUCAAUCGUCUAUACGUCACGGCGGGCCACAUGGCCGGAGUACGGAACGAGAUGGCCGAUUGCGGGUCACGCAGUCUCGCCGAGCCGUUCAAAUCCCGACAUUCGGUACAUGUACAAGCCGACGUCCGACGCUUUCAAGACGCCGCUCUGGCCACGAGCACACACGAACGCUACAACGCCGCGUGGGAACAGUGGCGCACGUGGCGCGAGCAUCGCCGACAGUCUCCGUGGCUCUCCAAGGAAGAACGCGAGCAGACCGACGAACUCGUCCAGUACGUUCUGCACCUCCGCGACGGCGGCAACUCCGCUGCCACCUUCCGAUCCAAACUAUACGGCAUCGCUUGGCGUCAUCAGCGACACGGCUGGUACACCGUGGCGCUGGCACCCGACCACCGGCUCGUCCUCCGAGGGAUGGAACGAGACGACGGAGCCACCCGAUGA